AUGGCAGAUAUUGCACCCUACCACAUUAAAAUACCUGACUCAGCCCUUAACGACCUGAAAGCACGACUUGCUCUGGCCAAAUUCCCGGAUGAACUCGAUCAAGCAGGCUGGGAUCUAGGUUCGCCCCUAGGCGACGUCAAGAGACUGGUAGCAUACUGGAAGGACAAGUACGACUGGAGAAAAACAGAAGCUGAGCUGAACAAAUAUCCACAAUACACCACCUUGAUUCAGGUAAACAAGUUUGAUCCUCUGAACAUUCAUUUCGUAUACAAGAAGUCCGAAGUUGAAAACGCGAUUCCAUUACUGUUCAUCCAUGGCUGGCCUGGCACCUACCACGAGGGUUUAAAGAUGUUCGACAGACUGAUACAGGGCGAUGGCAUCGAGGAUCCAGCUUUCGACGUCGUUCUCAUCUCUCUGCCUAACUUCGGCUGGAGUGACGGAGUCAAGACAAGAGGCUUUGCUCUCGAACAACUAAUGCUUAAGUUGGGAUACGGGGAAUAUGUAACGCAAGGGGGCGAUUGGGGUUUUUACAUCGCCCGGUCUAUGGCGCUUCUAUUUCCUCAACAUGUCAAGGCCACACACCUGAACUUCGACUUCGGUACCGCUCCGACUUGGUCCCAGUAUCCUCUACUCAGCCUGCGACAUGCUCUCAUUCCAUACACAGAACGAGAGAAGAGGGGCCUUGAACGCAUGAAAUGGUUCACUGAAGAGGGUUCGGGUUACAGACUAGAGCAGGGUACAAAACCGCAAACGCUAGGUUAUGGUCUUUCUGAUCCCGUUGCUAUGCUAGCCUGGAUCUACGAAAAGCUUCAUGAUUGGACGGACGAUUAUCCAUUCACGGAUGAUGAAAUUUGCGAUUGGAUGAGCCUUUAUUGGUUUAGCACGGCUGGUCCUGCUGCCAGUGUCAGGAUCUACUACGAAGCCACACACUUGUGGACAACUGCAGACCCGUCAGUAGAAAAGGUCACAAGAGAAAGGGUGGGCGAAUGGAUACCCCAUGUCAAAAUCGGGUACAGUCACCAGCCAGCAGAGCUCCGACCUGUACCAAAGACAUGGGUGAAAAAGCUUGGGAAUGUUGUUUUCGAAAGAGACUCAGAUCGGGGUGGCCACUUCUUUGCCUUUGAAAGACCUGACCAGCUUGUGACCGAUCUGAAAGACAUGUUCAGGAAAGGGGGCGGUGCCUAUGGUGUCGUGAGAGGGCGGAAGGGAUAUCAGGAGCGUCCAAAGCUAUAG